CUCCACCCCUCGAGGAGUCCCACAAGUUUGCCCCGUCUUACAGGUAUGUGUAGCCAUCACAUCGCCGUACUCCACGUGCUAACAGCCAUCCAGACUCACCCCGACACCGGAAGACAAGCUGUCGAGCGUCUACAACCUCCUGCACAGCAAUCACACCACCGACCCAUCGGUCACCAUAAACCUGACCGGCCACGACCUGACCAUCAGCCAGCUGCAGACCAUCAUGAAGGCAGGGACACAGGUGCACAUAGACACCAUCGCCAAGCGGCAAGUCCAGGCUUCAGUCGAGGCUCUCCAGGCCCAUCUGAAGGCCGACCACUGCAUCUACGGUGUCAACACCGGCUUUGGUGCUUCGGCGGAUUCGAGAACCAACCGCCCGGAUACCCUGCAGGCGGCUUUGCUGCAGAUGCAGCACAUUGGAAUCAUGCCAUCGAUGAACUCGGGAAACAAGAAUGUGAUGCCCGAAGCUUGGGUGCGUGGCGCCAUGGCCAUCCGAAUCAACUCCCUCCUUCGUGGCCACUCGGCUGUUCGAUGGGAGGUGUUGGAGCGCCUCGUGGGCAUGCUCAACAAUAAUGCCAUCCCUUGUGUACCACUUCGAGGCAGCAUCUCGGCCAGCGGUGACUUGAGCCCUCUCAGCUACAUUGCCGGUGCCGUCACCGGACACCCCGGCAUCUUCUGCUUCAUCGGCGAGGACAGACAGACAGUCACAUCCCGCGAAGCCCUGGCAUCAUGUGGUCUCCAGCCCGUCGAGUUCAAGGCGAAGGAGGUCCUCGGCCUGAUCAACGGCACUUCGGUCUCCUGCUCGGUAGCGACACAGGUUGUCUCUGAGGCCUCUAUGCUCGCACAGUUCUCCCAGGCACUCACCGCCAUGGCCGUCGAAGUCGCCGUCGGCAGUGCCGAGCCCUUCGAUCCCUGGGUCGCCGGCGUCACCCGUCCUCACCCCGGACAGAAGGAGGUAGCCGGCAACAUCUGGUUCCUCCUCGGCGACUCAUCGCUCGCCCGCGACCGCCACGCCGCUCCCGAAGGCGACGAGGACCACGAGCACGUCGGCCUGCGCCAGGACCGCUACCCCCUGCGCACAUCGCCGCAGUGGAUCGGCCCUCAGAUCGAGGAUCUCGACCUGGCCAUCUCGCAGCUCGGCGUCGAGUGCAACUCGACCACCGACAACCCUCUCAUCGACACCACCUCCUCCUCCGGCCAGUACGCGCGCAUCAUGCACGCCGGCAACUUCCAGGCGAUGCACGUCACCGCCGCGAUGGAGAAGACGCGCGGCGCCCUGCAGAACAUCGGCAAGCUCAUGUUCCAGCAGCUGACGGAGAUGGUGAACUACUGCACCGCGCCGCUGCCGCCCAACCUCGCCUCCGACUGCGACACCUCGCUCUCCUACACCAUGAAGGCGGUCGACAUAGCCGCUGCCGCCUACUGCUCCGAGCUCGGCGUCCUCGCCGCCGGUAACGUCGGCUCCCACGUCCAGUGCGCUGAGGACCGCAACCAGGCCGUCAAUAGUCUCGCGCUCAUUUCCGCCCGCCAGGCCGACGAGAUGAACGACGUGCUCAUGAUGUUGAUGGCCAACUACGUCUACGUGCUCUGCCAAGCCGUCGACCUGCGCGUCAUGCUCCUGACCUUCACGGAAGCCCUCGAGACCCUCGUCAAGACCGAGACCGCCUCCUACUUCAAGGGCAUGAUCGGCAAGAAGGAGCUGCGCAAGCUCGGUGUCAAAGUCUUCGACCACGUCAAGAAGCGCUUCGACGAGACGAUGCGCGAGGACUCCCGCGCUCGCUUCAACGACAUCUUCUACACCGCCACGUCCGUCGUGAUGGAGGCGCUGUCGGAGAACAAUCCGCGCCCGUCUAGCGACCCGACCGCCGUCUUCUCUAGCAUCUCCCUGUGGCGCCAGAAUCUUACGCAUAAAGCCCUUGCGCUGUAUAAAGAGCAUAGAGAGGAGUUUGUCGCCAAGGAUAUGCCGGCCGCGCAGAGUUUGGGACGCACCAGGAUCCUGUAUGAGUUUGUGAGGAAAGAUCUGAAUGUACCGAUGCAUCGCGGACAGGACGAUCUGCCGCUAAAGCAUGGUGAGCAACAUGAGCGCGAGGCCCAGGUGUUGACUACGGGUGCCAUGAUCACCAGGAUCUAUGAGGCACUCAGGGAUGGCAGGAUGGCGGGGGUCGUGAUGGAUAUGUUUGAGGGGAUUGAAGGGCAGUAGACGGCUGUCGUUGGGCAGGCUUGGGCGCGGGCUGGGGCGCGGGCUGGGGUAUGGGCUGAGGCUGGGUAU